AUGUACCGUCCUUACAACAGGACAGAACACUGUCAUCAAGAUUGGAUACGGAGGACUAUUGAUCUAAUGAUUGCAGAAUUCGAAGCUAGAAGUCUAAACUUGCAACAUUCUGAAAGCUGGUAUAUGGCUAGACUCUGGACAAUGAUCGACAGAGUAUUUGCUGAUGUUGAGGAUCUGGAAGCAGAUGAAGGAAUUUGGGGAACUAAAAAGCUUUUGGAGAAAGGUGUAAAGGCGGCCAAAACUCUAAAAGACAUGCUGAAUCAUCUCCGUCAUUUGGUGGACAACGUGGUAUCAUCUGUUAGACAGCUUCGCACUAUUGGAUACAUCCUUUCUGGUUUGUCUAUGGAACUAAUGAUUACGGAUUCGCCAAUGGGCUACUGUUGUCGAAUAACACGGUCCAAGUUGUUUUCGAUACCUAAAAGUGCUUUGCAAGUCAGAAGUAAAUUGCACCCAUUAAUGUCAGCCCUAAUAUCAACAAAGUUGCUGGUGGUUCAAGUUAUCGAUGAGGUUGAUAAUCAUGGCUUAAAUGAUGUUGAUUUGGAGGAAUCUUUAGCAUAUAGUUUUCAGGAAGAACCGUCAAUGACAGGAUCUCCAAACGUAAAACGAUUGUCCUUCCAUGUUGCAAUAUCACACCUACGAAACGAAAGCGAAGUAGCUUAUCAUAAAUGA